AAAUCUAUCUGGGGUAGAUAGAGAGACGUGCUAGUUCAGGAGUAAUCAUGGCAACACGGUGGGGAAUCUGCAGUGCAGGGAAAAUCAGCCACGACUUUACAGUUGCUCUGAGGACCCUACCUCACGACGACCACCAGAUUGUGGCUGUUGCUGCUCGGAAUCUCCAGCAUGCACAAGAGUUUGCCAAAAAGCACAACAUCCCAAGAGUCUAUGGGAGCUAUGAGGAGCUAGCAAAAGACUCAGACAUAGAUGUGGUGUAUGUGGGAACCAUCCACUCUCACCACCUGAGCACAGGUAAGCUCUUCUUGACCUCCCAUAAGAACGUGCUCAUAGAGAAACCCCUGGCCAUGAAUCUAAGAGAGGUACUGGAGCUCACCAACACAGCCAAGGAGAAUGAUGUCUUUCUGAUGGAGGCCAUCUGGACUCGUUUCUUCCCUGUGUCUGUAGAGGUGGGCAGGCUGCUGGGCCAGGGUGAGGUGGGAGAGGUCCAGAUGGUAAGGGCCGACCUGGGAGCCCCCCUCACACACAUCCCUCGCCUGACUCAUAGAGAGCUGGGUGGAGGGGCACUACUGGACCUGGGGAUCUACUGCCUGCAGUUUGUCUUCAUGGUGUUCAAUGGGGAGAGACCGGAGUCCAUCCAAGCCAUGGGAUACUGUAUUGACACAGGAGUGGAUGGAACAGUAGUUUUGGUCUUAAAGUUCUCUGGGAACAGAAUGGCUGUGUGCACGUGCUCCAUCACGAUGAUGCUGACAAAUGAUGCUGUUAUCACUGGGACCAAGGGGACCAUCAAGGUCCCCAACCACAUGUGGUGUCCUACGAGCCUGGAGGUGAAUGGAGAGGUGACGCAAUACCCUCUCCCUGAGCCCAGCCUUCCCCUCAACUUCAUCCACAGUACUGGGCUGCGCUACGAAGCAGAGGAGGUCAGGCAGUGUCUGCUUAAAGAGCUGAAGGAGAGCUCUGGAAUGCCUUGGUCACACUCACACCUUCUCGCCGAGGUCAUGGAUGAAGCCAGAAGACAAGUGGGAGUGACAUAUAAUCAAGACAGCAUCCAAUGAGAAAUCAUGCAACCCAAGUCCCCCUUUCUCAGUCAUGGAUGCACUCUCUACCGAUGCUAGUCAGCAGGUGACUUCGGUCCAAUGAAUGCUAUAGGUUAUGCUGUUAUGAUGGUUAAACUAAGGGGGUGUGCUUGGGGCAGCUCCCUCUGAUCUGCCUGGUAAUAAUGGUCUGUGUCCCAAAUGACACCAUAUUCCCUUUAUGGUGCACACCAGUGCAUGAGUCCUGGUCAAAGUAGUGAACAGGGUGCCAUUUGGGAUGCAGACAUGGUCUCAGGAGGUUUUAAUAACUUAUGAGGCUAAUCGACCUAUGAUGUUUAUUUCAUGAGUACCAACCCAUUCAUGGUGAAUUUUUUUUAUGGAUAUGUGCCAGUUAUGUUCAGCUUGUCAGCAUCCAUCCUACUGAGUUUGCUGUUUUGCUUGUUUGACCUCAAGCGAUUGGCCAGUCCCUUAGUAGGUAAUAGGUUACAACAGAACAGACUACGUGUUACCUUGCUAGUAAGAAAGAACAUUGAUCUCCAGAUUGGAGUUGAGUGUGAUACUCCUCAUUCUGCUAAUGUAACAUAGGCUUAUUUUUCUAUAAUUUUGGAAAGUGACUAACUAUGGCCACAACAUGGUCAAGGUCAUCCAAGGUCACACAGAGGUUCUUAGCAGUCUGGGAGGUUGUGUCACAAACCGAGUCUCCGUGCCAUAGAAAUUCAGACAUAAAACCAGACGUUUAUUGAAGUUGUGUAUUGAUUGCAUUGAUGAGGACGCUCAUUAAAUAAUUGUAAAGAUAUCCUCAUUUGUUCACCUGUAAAAGAGAGAUAUGCAUGUUUAGUGCUUCUACACCUGCAUUGCUUGCUGUUUGGGGUUUUAGGCUGGGUUUCUGUACAGCACUUUGAUAUCAGCUGAUGUAAGAAGGGUUAUAUAAAUAAAUUCGAUUUUUAAAAUAAAUUUUAGUCGGAACGUUGGUAAUUGGUUUUGGAGCGUGGAUGUUAAUAUAAGGAUGUUGUUUUAAAGCUAGAACUAGCGACUACUAAUGUAAUGAAAUGAGAUCACCAUUUAUAU